AUGCCAGCCAAAAUAUUUCUUCAAAAAAAUUUUUUCUUAAAUUUUUACGCUUUAUUUGUUCUUUUUUGCUUAAAAUGCGCGUCUGUCAUAUUACUUAAGGUAUUUACCGGCCUCCAUAUUUUAGCCUUGAGAAAGUCAGCUAAAAUUUAUUCAAGCAUAAAAGAUGGAAAAAAAGAAUUUUUAAACAACUUUCUGCCAACUUUUUUAAAACUUUUUCUAAGCUUUUACCAACUUAAGUCGAACUUUUUACAAACCUUUUUCGAACUUUUUCUCAACUAUCUUUUCUCAAACUUUUCCCAAACCUAUUAUACCAACUUUUUUCGAACCUUUUUCCGACUUAACCCCACCCAACUUGUUUUAAAGCAUUUUCCAAUUUUUCUUAAGCAUUUUAUCAACUUUUUCCUAACUUUUUUCGAACCUUGUUUCAACUUUCUUCAACUUUUUAUCAACCAUUCUUCAACUUUCUUUCAAACCUAUUCUCUUACAACCUAUUUUCCUAAACUUAAAUUUCCCCUAGUUUUUGGGGUCAUUUCGGUCAAAAAAUUUUUUUAGCUCAAGUAUUAAAAAGCCUUGAAUAUUUUUGACUAUUAGAGGAGGUUUUUAUGAGAAAGUUGCAUUUUUUUCAAGUUUUGCACUAUUGUUUUUAAAAAGGAAGAAAGUAAUUUGAGCAGAUGGAAGAAAAUGAAAAAAGAAAAAGCAGAGACCCCCCUACCCUCCCCCCCCCCUCUAUAUAUUUUCUUUUAUUUUUUGAAUAACUGAAUAGGGGGGCUUUUGGAAGAAAAAAAAGAGAAUGUCAGUGAAAGACUUUUUUUUAAAAAAGUUGUCAAAAUGAAAAAAUGGGAGGAAAUGUUUUGUUUUAUUUGAGAGAGGAAAAUGUGGAAGGAAAUUAGGGGAAAUGAAAAUAAAUGUGUAGUAUCUUUUAAAAAUUUUGA